CCAUCACGACACCGCUUCUCCUUCGUCGUUUAUCGCUGCGCCAGACAUCAGUUUGGGGCUCUUGUUGGUAUCUUGCUGAUCUCGGGGGAAUCAUCUUUCUCCUUGAACGGUUGCUAUUAUCAUAUUAUAUUAUAUUAUAUCAGUCCUGCUGGAGGAGAACCGCAAUCAUGAAGCUCUUAUCAGCAACCGCCGCCCUUCUGCUUGUUACUCCUCUUUCGACCUUUGCUCGGUCGCUGUCCUUCUUCGACCAGUCGCCGAUAGCGACGAACAACAAGGACUUCCCUGUCGACGGAGACAACCCGCUGACCUACUGCUCCGAUCCCAGCAACAACAUCCUGCAGAUCGACUCCGUGGACCUCUCUCCGAACCCUCCCCAGCCUGGUCAGAACCUCACCAUCGUCGCCAAGGGUACCUUCCGCGAGAAGGUCGAGCAGGGCUCCAAGGUUCUCCUGCAGGUCAAGUAUGGCUUGAUCCGCUUGAUCAACCAGGAAGCAGACCUCUGUGAGCAGAUCGAAAAUGUCGACCUGCACUGUCCUCUGGAGAAGGGCGAAAUGACUUUCACAAAGGAUGUUCAACUGCCCAAGGAGAUCCCUCCGGGCAAGUACUCUGUGCUGGCUGAUGUCUACACCGACGACAAGCGAAAGAUCACCUGCCUCGAAGCCAACGAUAUCGUUUUCAACCGAUAGAGCCGGAAAUUGACAUGAUGGACGUCUUAUCUGUGUUUUCGUUACGCUUGUAUACCUUGCGAUAUGGAUAAUUUUGAGCUCUUAGUCCUUCCAGAUUGCUUCAUCCUCGUCUUAAAGCGGCCGUGUUGUGACGUAUCAUCGUCUUCGACAUAUUCGG